AGAAGUUAUAGCUGCUUCUACUCUCGUUGAAGCGGGUGAUGUACCCUCCCCGUUUCAAGAGAUGGUCAAGACUAUUGACUCCUUAGUCACCCCGCAGACGCAUCCGGACCCAACUAUACUCUAUACGUUGGAUGUGUCUGAAGCCUCAGAGGACCUUCAAGGUGAGUGGUCGGCAAGGGACCCUCCUGAGUCCUGGGUGGCACUGAGUAGAGGUCCUAGAGGGGAGCAUUUCGUUGUGGAAGUUGAUGUGGGUGGUCGCAAGUGCGGCGCCUUCGUAGACAUUGGCUCCACACGAAACUUCAUAAGUCGCGACUGCGUUGACAAACUGUGCCUAAAGGACCGGGUGCAGCACCUUAGUAGACCGGUAGCAUUUACUUUGGCCAACAAAGAGUGCAUGAUGGUGGAGGACUACGUUAAAGAUGUAGUCUGCACCUUCUCCUACCCAGGAGGAGAGAUAAACCAUAAGAUAUCAUUCCUGGUGAGCGACGAGUUGCCCUUUGACAUGUUAUUGGGCAUGUACUACCUCGAGGUUGCCAAGCCCCAGUUCGACUGGGACAAGAAGGUGUUGAAGCACGAGUUGCCACAUGGGAGGACCGUUAAACUGGCCAAGUAUAAAGCCAAUUACCUAGGUGCGCUGAUUUCUGAUUUUGAUUUGUCUGAGGACGUGACUCGAUCAUUGGAUGAAGCCUACAAGGAAGAUCCCAUCACGAUGGACAUCAUCAACAAACUACAGGCUAAACACAACGCCACCACUGAUGAAUUUGUGAUGGUGGAUGGGUUGCUCUUUCUUGAGAAGGCAGGGUUCAAGAGGUUAGUUGUUCCAUCUAGGGAAACUUUGCGUAGUUUGUUUUUAGGUGAAUGCCACGACGCAACAAGACAUUUCGAUUAUAAGAAGACCAGUGCUAAUCUAGUACAGCGAUUCUGGUGGCCUAACAUGCUUGACGAUGUGAAGAAGUACGUGGAGACCUAUCAGGUUUGUCAGCGGGACAAGCCGCGAACUCAAGCUCCGCUUGGGUUACUCAAGCCUUUACCCAUUCCUGUUGGCCCAGGUCAGAGUAUCUCCAUGGACUUCAUGGAUACUCUAGUGACCAGCAAGGAUGGCAAGAGGCACAUUUUCGUCAUAGUGGACAGGUUCACUAAGUACGCUAGACUAAUCGCCAUGCUAGAGACUGCCAGGACAAAGCACGUCAUCAAGUUGUUCAUGGACAACUGGUGCAUGACUUUGGACUUCCAAAGACAAUCCUUAGUGCCAGAGAUGUGAGAUUCACAAGCGAGAUGUGGAAGAAGGCCAUUGAACAAAUGGGCAGCCAACUU